ACUGACAACAUGCCAAUCAUCAGCAUGCUCAUCUUUCCGUUGCUGUUCUUGUUCUGUGGUUCCUUGGCGGGGGGAGCCGUCCCCACCUUUGAGUACCGAAACCCGUACACUGGGGAUAGUCUCACCUGUGACAAGUGUCCACCAGGCACUCACAUGACUGCGCAGUGCACCGCCACCACACCCACCCAGUGCGCGCCAUGCAGAAGCCACCACUUCACCGAGCUGUGGAACUACCUGCCCAGAUGUCUGUACUGCAACAACUUCUGCACCGACAACCAGGAGGUGGAAACGGAGUGUUCCGCGGUCAGCAACAGGGUCUGUCGGUGCAAAGAAGGCUUUUACUGGACUAAUGACUUCUGUAUGAGACACUCCGAGUGUGAGCCCGGACAAGGUGUUCAAAUGAAGGGUACGUUGCAACAGGACACUGUUUGUGAAACGUGUUCCCACGGCUUCUUCUCCAACUCAUCCUCUGCGCUGGAAACGUGCGUAAAAUAUCGGGAAUGCGCAAGCGGACAGGUUGCGCUCCUCCCCGAUUCAAUUUACCAGGACAAGGUGUGUGGCACAUGCGAGGAGCUUGCAAAUGGAGGUGAGGCGCUCAGGACGUUCAUCUCAGGAGUCCUCGGUAUGCACAGGAUGCGUGUGUCAAAAAUGAAGAAGUUUGUCAGCAGGUACAUUGAGAAGUCAGUCCCCAAACAGAGAGGUCCUCUCCUGAAUCAGAUCAGAGCGUGGCUGGCCCAGGCUCCAGAGGAGCAGCUGAGAAAACUGCCACAGAUGCUGAGGGCGUCACAGCUCAGCUCCGUGGCAGAAAAACUGGAGAAGAGAAUUUUGGAAAUAAAGCAGCAGAACCCAGGCUGUAGCUUAAAUAUGUGAGUCACUCUAUAAGACUGACAGAGUCCAUGGCACAUGUAGUAUUGAGUAUUGAGUAUUGCAUACCUCUUUCUUUGGAUUUACUGUGUAAUAUGGCAGCCUUAUUUGGGCUAUUACCCAUUUGAAAAAGUAUUUAUCAUGUUUUUCAUUUGUCUGUUUAAUGAAAUGUUGACCUAGUGAUACUUAAUUGAUAUAAUGUUUGUGCUAUUGCUUACACACAGAGUUUCUCUUGAUGGGAGAGAUAAAGUAGUCGAAUAUACAGAUGAAUUUGGAAGGGGAGAACAAUGGGUCUAAACUUGGGAGAAACUUAGAUGUGAAAUAUGCAAAUAUCUUGAAGUUAUGGCAUGACUAAAAUGUUACAUAAUCUGAAUUACAUAGAAACUAUGUUUUAUACGAAAAUGAGCAAUGACUUAAACAAAUGUUGUACAAACUUAUGUAACAUUGUGUGAAUUCAAAAAUUUAAACUCCUCCUGCCUGGCGCAGCAGCUAAUAAAGUGCAUGUUGUAAUCAAAAAUGUUUCUGACCAGAGACAACCACUGUCUGGCUGUAACGUAACAAAGUCUCCACAAGGUAUCGCUCUCCUACCUCUAUAAGUCUUCGGUCAUUGUAGGCUGAAACAUUUCAAUUCAGAAACGUUUUUCCAGUCUUCAAAAUGGCUUAUUGCAAAGUAACUGCAACCUAUCUAUCAUUGAUCUGGUUACCAUGUGACUAUUAGAUAGACCAGAUCUUGGUCCUUUUGUAAUUUUUCUCAAUAAAAGCAUUUUG